GCCUGAUGAUGGAGUCGGAGAAAAAGAUCUUCGAGAUGAUGAACAAGAAGGCGGCCAUGUCGAAGUACUGGAUGCCUCUGGUCUGGGCGACCAACAUCAUCAACCGGGCGAGGAGGGAAGCACUGAUAACCAGCGACCAAGUAGUGCAAACCCUCCUGGUCGAGCUUAGCGACAUCCGGAAGAGGCUUGGCGCGCUCAUUGGUUACGACACUGUUUGCGUUCCUCUCGUUUACACUCAGUUCUGCUUUUACGUGGGAUGGCUGAAAGUAGCCGAGGUAUUGAUCAAUCCAUUCGGCGAGGACGACGACGACAUCGAGUUGAACUGGCUGAUCGAUCGUCACAUCAAGGUACGAGACCUUUCGACUUUCUUCGAUUCCGUUCCGAAGAAUUUGAAAUCGAAACUCGGCUCUGUUGGUCCGCGAGAUCGACCAACGUUGAUUCGCGUUAACGAUGACGUUGGCGUUUAUUUGACACAGGCUGGAUACAUGAUCGUGGACGAGAUGCACGAGGAGCAUCCAGAACUGUUGAAAGAUCAAUACUGGGACGAGGUCGUGCCUAAAGAUCUGCCGUACACGGUGGCCAGCGAGCAGUACCGGCGAGAGGAGCCGAAAGGCUCGGCCGAGCAUUAUAAGGUCAAAGAGAGCGACGCUCUGUACGCGAACGUUAUGCUAGGCACACAGAUCCACAAUCACGUUCAACAUCGCAAGACCCACCAGGAUGAUAUGUACGCCGAUUACGAGAGCGUGGACACACCGUUGGUCGAGCGAAGGAAAAAUUGGCUGCAACGGCAAAUAACCAGAAUGGGCUCGGUGCGUAGCUCCUCGACCACUUACAGCAGCGGCGGUGGCUUCUUCUCCAGAAAUCGCCACAACAGCGUUUACAGCAGCCCUGAGACCGGAGGCUUGCCACAAACGAACAAUCCGAACCUCAAGAUGUCUCUUUACGACAGGCUGGUCGGACGGAAGAGCAUUCGGAGUACCAUGACGAAGCUGAACUCGGUGCCGGUCUCUCUGAAGAAUCGACCCCGCAUACCGACGCCAGACGUGACGAAAGAGGUGGUCGACCGUGAGCAGAGAUUAGCUCUGUCGGCGACGAACGCGGCGAACAUCGGAGCAGGCGUGGUGGGAGUGAUACCGGCCAACGGCCAUUAUCCGACCGAUCUGCCAGUUGUGCAGGUGGUGCUCUCACCCAUUCAAGAAACAGAGGGGACGCCCGUGUCCGGGAAAUCCGGAGCGGCGGCGUUAGCGCAGGCUGUCCUAUCCCCCACGUUGACCAGCGCCGGUCUCGUGGCCCCCGUCACUCUGACACCGGUCACGAUGUCGCAGUUGUCGCAACUGGGCCUGGUGACGACCACGUCCGCGCCGAUGAUCAAACCUACGUUGAGUCAAAUCAACAACAUUUCGAAUCAGGUGACGCUGACCGAGGUGAACAGCGCUGAGGAAGAGGGGUCGAGUAGCAGAGACAGCAGAAGCGGCAGUAUCACAGGGCAGGAGGAACGCUCGACGCCGUUGAUAAGCCAAGGCAGAAGCACUCCACUGAUAGGAGAGACGUCCAGUUCGAUGGGCAGUAACGGUAACUCGCCGACAUUCGACAGCUACAACGAUCGCUCUCCGAUCCUCAUGAAGCCUGAGAAAUUGAGUUACGUGGUCACCACGGUUGCCACUCAAGAUGGCAGGACAGAGCCACGUGGCAGGCGAUCGGCCUCGCUGCCAGGCCCGCCGGUCGUGCAAUGCCGAGAGGACAGGAGCAUGUCGCUACCACAGUCGCCGGGUCUUCAACCGAGAGAGAAUCGCGCGAUCUCGGUGUCGAAUGGCCACGAACCUCCGAACAUAGACAGGCUGAUAGCGCGCGACAAGGACGUCGCUCGACCGAGGACCAACAGCAUCGACCACGACCUCUGCAGGCCGAGUCAUCGUGUCCAAGACACUUCGAGGAAGAUCAGCAGCGUGUCCUGCACGAACGCGUCGCUAUCCAACAGCCUAGGCACGACACCCACUACGGCGACCGCCAUAAUGCCGGCGACCACUCCAGUUGCCGGCAGCAAGAGGGGAGAGGUGUACGUU